AUGCAAUCUGAAGGUGCAAGGAACAGAACCCAAGUGACUGAGUUCAUCCUAACAGGUCUGUCCCAUGAGCGUGGAGUCCAGCUUUUCCUCUUUGCUCUCUUCCUCACUUUCUACCUGAUUGUCCUGCCAAGCAACAUCUUGAUCAUCAUCACCAUCCGAGGUGACCCACACCUCAGCUCACCCAUGUAUUUCCUGCUGGCCAACCUGGCUUUUUUGGACAUCUGGUAUUCCUCCAUCACUGCUCCUAAGAUGCUGGUUGACUUCUUCGCUGAGCGCAAAAUCAUUUCCUUUUGGGGCUGCAUUGCUCAGCUCUUCUUUCUCCAUUUUGUGGGUGCCUCUGAGAUGUUCCUGCUCACGGUCAUGGCCUAUGACCGCUAUGUUGCCAUCUGCCGGCCCUUGCACUACACCACCACCAUGAGCCGGCAUCUGUGCAUUGUACUGGUCACAGCCUCUUGGGCUGGAGGCUUUGUGCACUCCCUCAUCCAAGUCAUACUGAUCAUCCGCCUCCCAUUUUGUGGGCCCAAUGAAUUGGACAACUACUUCUGUGAUAUUACCCAGGUGCUGAGGAUCACCUGUGCCAACACCUUUGCUGAGGAAUUGGUGAUGAUCUUCAGCAGUGGCCUCAUCUCUGUGGUCUGCUUCGUGGCCCUCUUGGUUUCCUAUGCCUUCCUGCUCACUAUGCUGAAGAAGAACGCCGGUGAAUCAGCUGGCAAGGCCCUCUCCACCUGCUAUUCCCACAUCACCAUAGUCAUUUUCAUGUUUGGUCCUGCCAUCUACAUCUAUGCUCGACCCUUUGAUGAAUAUGCACCCGACAAGGUGGUCUCUGUCUUCCACACAAUCAUCUUCCCCCUCUUGAACCCUAUUAUUUAUACCCUCAGGAACAAGGAGAUCACUACUGCCAUGAAGAAGGUAGUCAACAGAUAUCUCCUCUGCAAGAAAAAAUGA